CAGCUGUUUAUAUAUGUGGCUGUGGUGACGUUCUCUGUCUGUGCAAUUUUCAUUUUUUAUAAAAGUAAGUGUUAAAAAUUUUUUAAUAAAAAUUUCUAGCAGCUGAGAUUUUAAAAUAAAAGAUGAAUACGAACACGUUGGAAGUGGACAACGAUGUUCAUGACAUGAACAGACCCACAAGCAAUCGCAUUCAUUUUACAAAAGAUGUAAAGAAUGCAAUCGAUAAGGUGCUAAAGACGGAUGAUCCAAUGGAUUCACCGGAUUUUAAUACCGUCGAUUACAUUAAUCAGCUCUUUCCGAAUGAACAAUCGCUGGUAAGCAUUGAUGAGACCAUCCAGCGCAUGCAAUGCGAAGUGUCCCUCAUUGAUGAUAAUAUACGUGCGGUGGUUCGUGGCCAAACCAAUACUGGACAAGAUGGGCAAAUGGCAUUGACCGAAGCUCAGAAAGUUAUUACAACAUUAUAUGCGCAUAUAAUUGAUGUAAAAACGCGUGCAGAGAAAACAGAGGAGAUGGUUAAAGAGAUUACUCGUGAUAUAAAACAAUUGGAUUGCGCUAAACGAAAUUUAACAUCCGCAAUAACUACGUUAAAUCACUUGCACAUGCUGGUGGGAGGCAUUGAAAGUUUAAAUAAAUUGAUUGAAAAGCGGUUGUAUGGCGAAAUAAUUAAUCCACUGCAGGCGAUCACAGAAGUAAAUCAACAUUUUAGACAAUAUUCUGAUAUUGAGGAAAUAAAGAAUCUAUCACAAAAUGUAGAUAAGAUUCAAAUAACACUGGCUAAACAAAUCACAGAAGAUUUUAAAGAUGCUUUUUCGCCUAAAUCAACUGGUGUUGGAAAUGCUGGUAAUAAGCAACGUUUAGGGUUAAAUCAAUUAGCGGAUGCCUGUAAAGUGAUUUCUGUUUUGGAUCCCAAAGUUAAAAAGGAACUUCUUAAAUGGUUCAUCGCACAACAACUGGAAGAAUACAUACACCUGUUCCACGAAAAUCAAGAUAUCGCUUGGCUGGAUAAAAUCGAUAAACGUUAUGCCUGGCUUAAGCGCCACCUACUUGACUUUGAGGAUAAAUUUGGUGCUGUCUUCCCGCUUGAUUGGGAAGUCUCUGAACGUAUUACCGUCGAAUUCUGUCGUCUAACGCGUGAACAACUCACACAAAUCAUGGCUAAACGCAGCAAUGAAAUUGACGUGCGUUUAUUGCUUUUUGCUAUUAACAAAACACAAGCAUUCGAACAGUUGCUCUCUAAACGCUUCAGCGGCGUAACAUUAGAAAUAGUCACCACUUCACCUACAUUGAAGGUACAACCGGAAAAUCCUAACGCAGAUCCGAAUGCACCAGCCACAAUUGGAUUAUUUCAAGAUCAAAUUGGUAAUUGCUUCAAAGCACACCUAGACAUUUACAUUAAGAGCAUUGAUCGUAAUUUGGCAGAGCUAAUGGAAAAGUUUGUGGAAAUGGCUAAGGAGCCUUUAAAAGUGGCCGAAUCGAAGACUACAGUGUUUCCAAGCUCUGCAGACUUAUUUGUAUUUUAUAAAAAAUGCAUGGUACAAUGUAAUCAGCUAAGUAACGAACAACCUAUGUAUGAGUUAGCAUUGGUUUUUAAAAAAUAUUUACGUGAAUAUGCGAGCAGAGUAUUAGAAUUCAGUACGCCUAAAUUGCUGACGACCACUGCAUCGAUAGGUAAAAGCAUGUCCUUACUAACGCGUGAUAUGCAAAAUCUCUCCACUGCUGCAGGCCAAGUUUUUCAUAAUUUCCUAAAAGAAGGCGACACACAACGUUUUUCUCGCGAAGAUUUAAUACAAAUAUGCUGCGUUCUUACAACGGCCGAAUAUUGCUUGGAGACAGUGCAGCAAUUGGAGGAUAAGCUGAAGGAGAAAAUAGCAACAGCUUAUGCAAACAAGUUGGACAUGUCGGAAGAAAAGGAUGUGUUUCAUCGUAUUAUUUCGAACUGCAUUCAAUUGCUUGUGCAAGAUUUGGAAGCAGGUUGUGACCCAUCCCUUCAAUCCAUGUCCAAAGUACAAUGGCAGAGUAUAAGUAAUGUUGGCGAUCAGAGUGCCUUCGUUAACAGCAUUUGUGCAAACUUUAAGCAGACGGUGCCAGUGAUUCGCGACAAUUUGGCCACAUCGCGUAAAUAUUUUACACAAUUCUGCCAUAAAUUCGUCAAUGCAUUCAUACCGAAAUAUAUUAAUGUUCUCUACAAAUGUAAGCUCACACUUUCCGAUGGUUCCAAUAAUGUCUUAGGUUGCGAACAACUUCUACUUGAUACGCACAGUUUAAAAACAGCACUACUGGAUUUGCCUUCAAUUGGCUCGAGCGUCAAUCGAAAGGCGCCCACUAGCUACACCAAAGUAGUUGUCAAGGAUAUGACACGCGCGGAAAUGAUAAUUAAAGUGGUAAUGACGCAGGUACAACCGCCAGCGCAUUUUACCCAGCAAGUGCUUAAGCUAUUGCCCGACAUUACCAUUGCGGAAUAUCAAAAAAUCCUAGAUAUGAAAGCUGUCAAGCGUGUGGAUCAAUUGCAAUUAAUUGAUUUAUUCAAACAUACAGCAUCACAUGUAGCUGUAAUUGGUGAUGGUAUAUCCGAAAUAACAUCAUCAUCGACUGAAGACGAUUCAGUGCAAACACAUUCAGAGUUGAACGUAAAUGAAAAUCCGGAAGCCGGCUCUUCUUCAACAAAGGGACUCAACGUUAGCGAGGAAAGUGGUGGAACAGCUGCUCCAACUGGUGGUGUUACCUCCACGCCAAAGCGUGCAUUCAUCUUCAGCGUUGGCAGCUUUACUGGUGGUGCAGAUAAGAAUGCAGAUGGCACGUCGAAUAGUGGUAGCGAUCGUGGACGCAUACGGAAGCUUGAGAGCUUAUUGAAAAAACGUUUGCCAUAAAUUCAAAGGCGAGCAUUUAGUUUAAGUUAAUGACUGUUGAUUUUUAUUUGUCCACCAUUUAGUUGUAUAAUUUUAAUUUUGUUUGAAUUUCGGUAUUACAUUCC